UCCACGCAGUCUGUGCUGCGGCAGCGACAAAUGUGGUCCUUGAACGACUCAUAGCCCAGGCAUAUUCGCAUGGCCCUCAGGAUUAAGGGGUGCAGUUUUGGCUCAACCUCUACACGCAACUUCCGACGUGCUGCUUUUAUGGUUGCGCAAUCAUAACGCAAGUCUGUGGUUGAACGUCACAGCAGCAGAGAGGCGGAGGGGAGGAGGAUGAUAAUGCAGCGCUUCCUAACUCAUCGGACACUGCUGCGGGUAGCAGCGGCACGCCCAAUACUGGCGGGGGUCACCAUCCCAGAGCCACCAGUAGCCUUUUGCUGCUGUGUCCUCCGCCUGUCACCAUCACCUCCCACAGGUCGGCUCUGGCUGUCAACCACAGCAACUAGCAAGGCAGCACAUCAGCCAAAACACCAACCACCACAAGAUGAACCGCAGUCCAGCUCUGCACCUCAGACACUGGAGUCCCAGAAAGGGGAAGCAAGGCCUGAUGCUGUAGAGGUGGACCCCCUGCAGGACAAGUCCAUUGGUCUGGUCCAGAGGUUUAAGAGAACCUUCAAACAGUAUGGGAAGGUGAUGAUCCCUGUGCAUCUCGUGACGUCCUCAGUCUGGUUUGGAACCUUCUAUUAUGCUGCUAUGAAAGGUGUGAAUGUAGUGCCCUUCCUGGAGAUGAUUGGUCUACCAGAGUCACUGGUUGGCCUUUUGAGAGACUCCUCAAGUGGCUACGCUCUGACUGCGUACGCCAUGUACAAGAUCGCAACCCCUGCCAGAUACACGGUGACUCUGGGCGGCACGUCACUAUCUGUUCAGUAUCUCCGCAAGCACGGCUACUUAUCCACACCACCGCCGGUCACAGAAUACAUCCAGGACAAAAUGGAGGAGACAAAGGAGAAACUGACUGAAAAGAUGGAGGAGACGAAGGAGAGAUUCUCAGAGAAAAUGGAGGAGACAAAAGAACGCUUCUCUGAGAAAAUGGAAGAGACUAAAGACAAGCUUUCUGAGAAGCUGCAGGAAACCAAAGACAGAGUCUCAGAGAGAAAAGCGUUUUUUAGAAAGAAAAGCGAUUAGCGGAUCCAGUUUACAGAUGCCUCCUCUGGAUAAAUUAUCCUUUUUUGAUCUCAAGUAAUCAGUGGGUUUGGGGCAAGUAAAAGAUGGCACUUAUGAGACUGUUCAGAAAGAAGAGAGAGACUUUAUCCUGUCCUUGUCCUAAAAUUUCACCUUUCACAUCUCAGUUAUCUGCUGUUGUCUGUUUAAGUGUCAAAUUCAAGCUCCUAAUUGUCCAACUCUGCUACGAUGUAAGUUUAGACUAGACAGCAGCUUAGCAGACUCCUGGCAAUGCUACGGUCUGGCUCUGUCAUCUCAGACUGGAUUUACACUGGCUCAUGCUAUCCCGACUAUAAAAACACACAUCACAUAAACACAUGAAAAAAUAGGUCUGGGUUUCAAAGGGUUGAAAAAAAUCAAUUUGUCAAGUAUAAAAACAGCAGCCAUGAAAGAUUAUAUGGGAGAGAAUAAUGCCGAUUCCCCUGGUUAAGAAAAUAAAAGUUGAAGCUCAUGGUUACCUGUGUUUGAUCGUCCAUUAAAGCCUUUGUGGAAGGCUGGGUACCAUCUUGUGUCUUUUCUAAUGUACCGAGAAAGAAAUUAAGUUUUCUAAUGUAUUUUUAUCCUUAAGCCCAAGCUAAUAUAUUAUUUUGAUGUCUGUACUACUUCAUGGGUUGACUGAAAGUUGUGUAUGAAAGUCAAAUUGUCAAAGUUGCUUUUGGAGCAGAAAAGGAACAGUACAUGUCAGUUAACGUGUUGAUCAGUCCUACAUGUAAACAUGUGCAGCAGCAGUAAGCACACUGUGGAGUACAUGGGUGUAAAGUGUCGACAGUGUGCCUGAUGAAAUGUCUUGGGAAUUUGUGUAUUAAAUACACAAGUGUUCUUGUCAGUAAUUCAAACAGAUGUCUGAUUAAAAUUGCAACGAAUAAAAUGAAAUGCAAAUCA